AUGAAAUAUUUGACCUACUCUGGCAAUCAUCUGAUUAACGCAAAAUUGCCCGAUAACUCGGAAAUCUACUAUCCACAACCGGCAAAACCGGGGGUGAGACGCUCCGAAAUUCCAGAGCAUCUCAAAAAGGCUGUGGAAAAUCCGCUGGGGAUGCCUCCCCUGAAGGAACUUGUCAACGGAAACAGUAAGGUCCUGAUCGCUUUCGAUAAUAACUGUCAGCCCUUUCCAAUGACAAAAAAGCCUGAUAUGCGUCAGGUUAUCCUCGAAGCAUUGCUGCCUAUGCUCUACUCCUACGGGGUUGAGAAGAAGAAUAUACAGCUAAUUUGUGCUGGCGGACUUCAUCGCAAAAUGAAGACACACGAGUUGGCAUACAUGUUAGGCCGCAAAAUUAUGAACGAGUUUUAUCCAUAUCAGUUGAGAAACUUUGAUGCGGAAGAUCGUGAUAGUAUCGUCGAUUUAGGCAAGACGGGCAAAGACGAAAUCGUUGAGGUCGAACGUGCUGUCGUGGAAAGUGAUCUAGUGAUCUAUGUUGACACUAUCCAAAUCCCCCUCAACGGUGGACACAAGUCGGUCGCUGUUGGGAUGGGGACAUAUAACUCAAUCGCCCCACACCACUCCCCACACAUGACUGCGGAGAGUCCGCAUGUUAUGCAACCUGGGGGGUCAAACAUGCACGAUUGCAUCGAGCGGAUGAGCCGAGUUAUUCAGAAUCAUAGUAAAAUCAUGGUUAUCGAAGCCGCCAUGAAUAACCAAAUCUAUCCCACAGGUUUUCGCCAGUUGGGUAAGCCAAAUGCUCAAUGCAACGGCUUUGAAAAAAUGCUAAAAACAUUGACGCCGCCUGCACUGUCGCUGCUGCCGGAAGCGUUACGAUACAAAAUCUUCAAAGGCAUCCGAACUGAUUAUGAACCGAUUGAGAUCAACGCCGGUGCCAUUGAUGCCGUUCAUUCCGAAACCCUUGAUGCGAUGAAAAAUCAGUUGAUGAUAGACGUUCCGAAACAGUUUAGCACUUUGGUCUUUGGGUUGCCCGAUAUGAGCCCGUAUGCUAUCGGUGCCCGGAUUAAUCCCGUUUUGGUUGUCAGCGACGUAUUGGGGUACGUUUUCAACUGGUUUUAUACACAACCGCUGAUUAAGAAGGGUGGCGUCGUAAUUAUCUUGAAUCCAACCUUUGAAGUCUUCCAUGAAGAAUACCACGUCCCCUACAAGAAGUUCUUUGAAGAAGUCCUCGCCGAAACUACUGAGCCUUUUGAAAUGCAAAAUCAAUUUCAAGAGCAAUACGCCUACGAUCCUUAUUUCAUAGAUUGUUACCGCAACAAGUUUGCGUAUCACGGAUUUCAUCCAUUCACCGUCUGGUAUUGGGCAACCUAUGCGCUGAAGUAUCUGUCCAAAGUCAUUUUGGUUGGUCCCAAAGAUGACCGCGUUGCCAAGAAGUUAGGCGUAGAUUGGGCAAAAGAUUUAGAGGGCGCAUUGGGAGUAGCGAAGGAGAUCUCCGGCGAAGAUGAUGUUGUUGCUUUGACGAUGCCACCAUUCCUUUACGUCAACGUUCAAUGA